AAAAUAGAUGGUGCCAACCAGCACCGCGAGCGCACCGCCGCGAGUUGCAUCCAAGUCGGGCUCCCACCUCGAGAGCUCCACAGCCAAGAAGUUGAAUGGUUCGAAUGUGUAUGACGACAGCUCGGAUGACGACAACGGCAGCGACGGGAGUAGCAGCAGCAGUUCUGGUGGAGACGACGACGACGAAGGGGAGAGUGCAAGCGGAUCCGACGGCAACGACGAAGGUGAGGUCGUAGAUGCGAAACAACCUGUUCUGUCCCUCGGCAAGCCUUUCACCCCCCAGCCUGCUGACUUCACCGGUCCCAUCGACAAGAACAGUCCCUUGGGGAUUCUACGGUCCAUGAUCGAAAUGGCUCAAGCAUGUCACUUCCUUCAUGUCUUUGGACCGACACUGAAGAUUCCGACGAUAUCCCGCACGGAACUGGAAAGCAGCAUUAUCGACGGAAACAAGAGCGACGCGUAUCCACUCCUCGUCGAAGUCUUGUACCGUCUUUGUCGCGACGCUGGACAAAAGAUCGAAAAGGCCCGCAUGUUGCAAGAAUGGGAGCGAGCAGUGCACCGCAAACUCUCCGAGAACUGGAAACGAGAGUUCCACGCCAACCCUAUGCCAGGGUCGUUCGAAGAUGUGUCCGUCCGCGAUCGGGCUCGAAUUCUGCAUGCGCUGUGCGAGUGGAGGGUUCACGCAAGCGACAUCGGCAAGUUCAUCAGUGGCAUUCCCGUCACAGUCCCCAAUCCCAAGGAUGACAAAGCGACCACCUCGACAACAGCGAUCACGUUCGACUCACUCAGACCUGAACCUUUGGGCGAAGACGACGAUGGAGCCAUUUAUUGGUACUUUCAUGAUGGAUGCUGGGUGUACGCUGAAGAUAGCCCCGCUUCUUCCCAAAGACGCUCUGACCGCCCCGUGUACCACGUGCGGUACUCAACGCCAUCGAAAAUUCGACUAUCCACGCAUUUUGAACUGGAAAAUAACACUGGUUUGGACACGCUGGUCGAAACCGUCCUGCCCUCCUCCUCGCUCAAGCGCAAACGGAGCUCUUCGUCCAAGAAGGAGAGCAAAAAGAGCAAGAGAUCUAGCCACCAUCGCAGCCAUCGGUCGUCCGAGAAUCGCCGUGAAGAUGACGAAGGCGACGAGGAGCGAUACGUGAAGCCACCAAGGGACGAGAAAACACAAAAAGUAGAAAAGAAGCUUGAUCCCCCGAUACCAUCGUCGCCAGGGCCAAAACCAGUACCGAAAGUGGCGGAGGAAAUGCCUCCACUGCACGACAAAACAUCGGUCAAAUCAGAAGAGAGUCCUAUCCCAGACGAGCAAGAUACACAUGUGCUGUGCUCAAUGUGCAAAAAGUCGUAUGACAUGUCGCUGCUUGACCCGCCGCUUCUCAAGAAGCCCCAGGGCGAGUGGAAAUGCUUUGAAUGCCUCGUGAACGACUGUCGCGGGUGGCCGCGCCGACGUCCUUCUCGCCAGGUUGCGCCACCUCCGCCACCCCCACGCCCGCCAGCAGCGGACAAAAAGAGCAGCAAGAAAAAAUCGUCGUCGUCGUCAUCUUCUAAGAAGAAAAGCAGCAGCAAGUCAUCGUCCAAAAGCAGCAAGAGCCACCAUUCGAGUUCGUCCAAAAAGAAGUCAUCGAGAAAGCACCGGUCGUCAUCGUCGCACAGUUACCCUGACGAGUACAAGCACUUGCUAAAUCUAUACCACACGCGCAAACGACAGCGCGACGUCGCACUGGCCGAUUCGCUUGCGGCAGGCAUGCCCCCCCCGCCAUGGCAUGACCAGCACCUGGCGGAAUCUCACGGCUCAUUACAAGGACUCUCGAAUGGCAGCGGGUGGCGAGUUGUCAGUGCCUCAGUUGCUGAUCUCAGGGACCUUUUGGCCACCAAGUUUAGUGGCGUGGGGUCUAUGGCUGCUCAGCGCCUGAAAGGUCGGCUGAUUCAGAUUCUGAAAGCCGGUGAAGCAAUGGAGGAGGAAGUUCGAAGACUGCGCCUGCAACAAGAACAACAACUCAUGUGGCAAAUGCAAGCACUGCCCCGUCGAGCUUCGUCGCGUGUAGCGCUGGAACGGCUCAAGAGCCAGAGCGACCCACACUACGUGAAGUCUGACGAUGAGAAUUCUUGGGAGGAAAAGCUAAAUCCAUCUACAGCCAACGACCGCGCACUGCGACUCAGUCGACGGACCAGUGCCUCUGAUCUGACUCCAGAGGGGGAAAACCAACACAAACGCCGGCUAGCCAUGGAGCGAGCUCAUCGUGCGUCCCGACGGCAGCGUGAAUGGGAUGGUCCGUCCUCUGAUGAAGAUGAAGUCGUUACACCUCGGCAGACACGGCAAUCUUCUUCGAAUCACACUCCUCUCAAGGGCGGCGAUUUGGUGAACUGGAAAACGAUUCAUGAUCACGAGCAUCCCCUCCGAAGCGUAUGUGCAGCACUCGUGACUCGCAUGAUCCAGGAAGAAAAAGCGCCACCGUUUUCACGGCCGGUGGACCCAGUUGCUGACGGGUGUCCCGAUUACUUUGCAGUUGUCAAACACCCCAUGGAUUUGGCCACUGUGAAGCUCCGAUGCUUGAACGGGCAUUACAAGACAUGGGCGAUGUUCAAGGGAGACAUGGCACGCAUUUGGGCCAACUGCAAGCUGUACAACUCGGAAGGGGCGGUGAUCGUCGAAUAUGCAAACGAACUUGAGAAAACGUACUUGGGUCUGGUGCGUCAAGCAGAAGGACAUGGCGCAACCAGCAUGCACGAGCGCGGCGUGAUGAAAUCUGCUAGCGACGACGACGAUGAAGAGUUUCAAAAAAGCAGUGAUAGCAGUCAUGACGGUAGUUCCAGCAGCAGUGACCAAAGCAGUGCAGAUGAUGACAGCUCGAGCAACAGUAGCCACAGCAGUAGCAGCGACGAAGGCAAACGACAAAGUAAACUUCGGUCGCGCCCUUCCCGCUCAACUUUGGUGAAACCCAUAGCCAGUCAACAACUCCCACCGCUUCGUCCCGCCCCCAAACCAACGAGAUGGAAGAAACCCCAACGCAAGCAACGAAUCUCAUCAAGCUCGUCGUCAGAGUCAGAUGUUGCAACAGCGACAACACGAAAGACGGCCCUUACGACGACCACUAUCAACACAACCCCGAAACAGAACAAUCCACCGAGGAAUCCACUGACCCGACACCCCAAAACGAUUGUAGAAUCGUCAUCAUCAUCGUCUGGUUCGUCCAGUUCGUCGUCCGAAGAUGAGUCACCGACGAACCCACCUCCGCCUCCACCGUCGGCCAAGAAGAAACCACAGACGCCGCCACCACCGCCAUGCACUCCCCCGCCGCCAGCUCCGUCGUCUGGAAGCAUGGAUGGCAACGAGUCAUCGUCAUCGUCGUCGUCGUACUUUUCCAGCAGCGACGACAGCGAUUGAUCUGUUUGAUGUCACGAGGAUAAUGUUAACUUUCAAUGCCAAAGGUGUUGCCUUUCAUCCCUCA